ACAUCAUUAAUGUAAAAUCACAAGAAAGAAAAUAUAAAACAAAAUGGGCUACGAAAGACUCGGACCAUCCAAACCAAGUGGUUCGGUCACAGCCACCACAGCUCCGGCUCCAAACGUGAACCAAGUCUCCACGUCAACACAACCGGAAAAUACUAACCGGAGAAGAAAGAAGCUUCUAGUGUCGUCAAUCGUCGUAGCUUUCGCCCUUAUCCUCGCCGCCGCGAUUUUCGCCGGAGUCCGAUCAAAUGUCAACUCUUCCCAACACGUCCCAGGCCUAGCUCGGAAACCAAGCCAAGCGAUCUCAAAAGCCUGCGAGCCGACUCGUUUCCCCGAGCUAUGCGUCGACUUACUCAUGGACUUCCCUGGCUCGCUCGCCGCCUCCUCCGCCAAAGAUCUGAUCCACGUGACGGUGAACAUGACGCUACACCACUUUAGCCACGCACUCUACUCAUCUUCCUCCUUCUCCUUCCUCGACAUGCCACCGCGUGUCCGCUCCGCCUACGACUCAUGCCUCGAGCUGUUAGACGAUUCCGUUGACGCGCUCUCACGCACUCUCUCCUCCGUCGUUUCAAUCUCAACCGGCGAGACGAAGCCUCAAGACGUGAUGACGUGGCUGAGCUCGGCUCUUACGAACCACGAGACGUGCGUGGAAGGGUUCGAUGGUGUCGGCGACGGUGAAGUGAAGGAUCAGAUGACAGAUGCGUUAAAGAAUCUCUCGGAGCUUGUUAGCAACUGCUUAGCUAUAUUCGCAGCGAACGGUGACGGCGACGGGAAUGACUUUGCCGGAGUGCCGAUACAGAACAGGAGGAGGCUCUUGGACAUUGGAGACAAUAACCUGAAGUUCCCGAGAUGGAUGAAGAGAAGAGAGCGUGAGAUCUUGGAAAUGCAGGUGUCUCAGAUACAAGCUGAUAUCAUCGUUUCGAAAGACGCCAACGGCACGUGCAAAACUAUAUCGGAAGCUAUCAAAAAAAAAAAAAAGAAAAAAAGAAAAGCUCCUCAGUACAGUAGUCGCCGGAUUAUUAUUUACGUCAAAGCCGGAAGGUACGAAGAAAACAACAUUAAGGUCGGUAGGAAAAAAAUUAAUUUGAUGUUCGUUGGAGAUGGGAAAGGUAAAACUGUCAUUUCUGGAGGGAAGAGUAUAUUUGACAAUGUCACCACUUUCCACACCGCUUCGUUUGCUGCGACCGGUGCCGGUUUUAUUGCAAGAGACAUAACAUUCGAAAAUUGGGCCGGUCCGGCAAAGCACCAGGCAGUUGCUCUCCGCAUUGGGGCUGACCAUGCGGUGAUAUAUCGAUGCAAUAUAAUUGGUUACCAAGACACACUAUACGUCCAUUCAAACCGCCAAUUCUUCCGUGAAUGUGAUAUUUACGGUACAGUCGAUUUCAUUUUCGGUAAUGCAGCCGUGGUACUACAAAACUGUAGCAUCUACGCACGCAAACCCAUGGACCUUCAGAAAAACACAAUCACGGCUCAAAACCGGAAAGAUCCGAACCAAAACACCGGAAUAUCGAUACAUGCGUCUAGGGUUUUGGCCACCCCUGAUCUCCAAGCGACCAAUGGUACCAUCCAGACGUAUCUAGGCCGACCGUGGAAGCUAUUCUCUAGGACGGUUUACAUGUUAACGUAUAUCGGCAGUCAUGUACACACGAGAGGUUGGCUGGAGUGGAAUACAACAUUUGCUUUAGAUACUCUAUACUACGGUGAAUAUCUGAACUCGGGUCCCGGGUCGAACCUUUCGCAACGUGUGAAUUGGCCAGGGUAUCGUGUCAUCAAUUCGACGGCUGAGGCAAACCGGUUUACGGUGACGGAGUUUAUAUAUGGUUCAUCGUGGUUACCUUCCACUGGGGUUUCGUUCUUGGCCGGAUUAAACAUUUAGGUAAAGGAAAAUAAAAUGUUUUUCUUUCAGAUGUAUUGUUUCAUUCUUGCGUCGUCCUUAUAUUAAUGGACAUAUAUGAUUAAUCCUAUCCUAUACAAACAUAAUUUUAACUUUUUAAUUAUAUGAUUUCGGGAUAUAUAUAUAUAUUA